UUCGUUAAAAAAUUGUCAACAAAGCCAUACGGCGCUCGAUGAAUAAUUUCAGUAAUUUCACGUAAAACUUUUGAAUUUCAUAAAACAAGUGUGUAUUGUUAUAAAAUAAAAUAAAAUUUGUAAGACAGUCAUUGUACAAGGGAUAUUUUUUAUAAAAUGGAAGUCGAAUUCAGUCGAGAAGAAUUUUUCCUCCCGGAAAUAAAGUACGAAUACCUUGACCACACAGCUGAUGUUCAGUUACACGCAUGGGGUGAUUCACUGAAAGAAGCAUUUGAGCAAUGCGGUAUGGCAAUGUUUGGCUAUAUGACAGAGUUGGAAUAUGUUUCUGUGGAAAAUUGCUACCAAAUCGAAGCUCAAGGUGAUGAUGUUGAAGGGCUACUCUUCCACUUUCUAGAUGAACUUUUAUUCCUAUUCUCCUGCGAACCUAACCUCAUCUGUAGACGACUUGAAAUUACGAAGUUCGAUUUGGAAACCUUUUCAAUUGAAUGUAAAUGUUAUGGAGAACCAUUUGUAAUUGGAAAACACCCUCAGGGAACCGAAGUGAAGGCGAUAACGUAUUCUGCGAUGCAGGUACAUCAAGAUGAUAAAAAUAAGAAAUACGAAGUUUUUGUUAUUAUCGAUAUUUAAGUUUCUAAAAUGUAAAUAUUUUAUCUACAAACAUUAUUUGUAAUAGGUGUACUUUUUUAAAUAAAAAAUUGUUUUGAAUAAUGA